ACCACACUUACUCCCACCAUGCUUAUAACGCUUCUCUUGCCAAAGAUGAAGAGAAAAGAGGUCCGAAUAUGUCUUUUAUUGGCCUUCAUCUUCAUUACUAGUGGAUGCUAUUAUUUCACAGCUAUGAGGAUUCGAAGUGCAGAAUCAGCUGUUGAUUUCAAGUUCAAACCUGCAAAAGCAAGAGAAAGCUCAGCCGCAGGAUUCAUGACAGCUACUUGGAACAAAUCAGGAAUGCAGAAUAAUCGUAAGGUUCCUUCAGCACCUAAUCCAAUUGGUAAUCGGCACCCACCAUCCAGGCAUAACUGAGUAGAGGCGUUUAUCAUGCUCAGCAAGCAAAAAAUACGGCGAAGAUGCAUUUUCGGUUAAUAAUAUCAUGUUAAACUUCUGUUCACCGUGUCAUGCUAAUUGAAGGCCGGCCGGUCGAUGCUUGCUAUUCGGAAAGUCAUUCAUAUAAACAGCUAGGUUCUAAUAUUAUGCAUGGCUACCCUAAUACUAACAGCCGGAGAUGUUUUUGCAUGCUUGAAGCUCCUCGAUCAAAACUGUCACAUAUGCUACAAAAUUUU